AUGAUGACAGGAAUGACAGGCUUCAACUAUGAGGAGCGUUUGAUGGUUCUGAGCAUGUGCUCAGUGGAGUUCAGAGUGACGGGACUGGGAGCGAUCCUACCGCAGCAAAAUCUCACCACAACUGUCCUCAACAUGGCUGAACGGGCGGGUAAUGGAGGAGUUCCAAUGAAGUCAACAUCAGGAAAGGUCACUGGUCCGAGCUCAGCGAUCACCGAGCUCCUGGCAAGCUGGGACGAUUUCCAGCUGCUGCAGCUGACGGACUUCUACCAGGACAGGCUGGAGCAGGCGAUGGAAGGAGGGGUGCAGGGAGUGAGCCUGGCGUUAACGGCCGAGAAUCAGUUCAGCGGAGAGGAACAUCGGAAAAUCUCUGAUCUCGCUGAUAAGGGAGAGCGGGCGGACAGUUCUAAACUCCUCCUGAGCCUGGUGAUGGAGAAAGGCUCCCGCGCCCGGAGGGUGAUGUGGGAAACCUUUGUGAAAAUGCGGAUUGGCGUCCCAAAGUUUGACAAAAUACUGAAAGAAAUACAGGAACAUGGUUGUGUACCGGUCCAUCGACCCGUACCGGAGAUUCCCAGUGAGCUGAAAGAUGUUCAACAGAAACACAAGGAGACUCUGCGGGCACAAACUGAAACACUGAGAGUGAACACCAUCCUGAUGAGGGAGAAGGUGAAGGUUUUCCAGCUGGUUGAUCGAUACGCUGAGCUCACGGUCAUUUCUACUGUUCGAGAUCGGAGACUAGUGGAACAUGAGCUGCUGGCAAGAGGCAGAGACCACGAGGAGUGGAGAGAAAAACAUCUCCGCGGAGAGCUGGAGAAAAUCAGCACCAGACAUCUGUUUCAGAGAAAUUACUCACGUAGCAGACGGGGCCAAAAGAUUCCCGGAUGUAAGGCAACAGUGACCGGAGUCCCAGGGAUUGGGAAAACAACAAUGGUACAAAAAAUUGUUUACGACUGGGCCACAGGCAAAAUAUACCAACAAUUUCAGUUUGUCUUCAGUUUUAAGUUCCGGGAUAUGAACUCCAUUAAGGGGAGAAUAAACCUGAGGGAACUGAUUCUGGAUCAGUAUCCUUACUUUGGGAAUAUCCUGAGAGAGGUCUGGAAGAACCCAGAGGGAUUGCUGUUUAUAUUUGAUGGUUUGGAUGAAUUCAAACACGGAAUCGAUUUUGCUGACAGUCGGAGAGAUACAGAACCCAAGCACCAGUGCCCAGAUCCCGAGUGGUGGUGUGAAGUGUCUGACAUUGUGUACAGUUUAAUCCAGGGCAAGCUGCUCCCAGGGUGUUCAGUGCUGGUGACCACCCGUCCCACUGCGUUACACUUAUUGGAAAAGGCUGAGAUCAGUGUCUGGGCUGAAAUCCUGGGAUUUGUUGGUGAGGAACGGAAGGAAUAUUUCAUCAGACAUUUUGACGAUCAGACGGUGGCAGCAGCUGUUUUCAACCACGUGAAGGAGAACGAGAUCCUCUACACCAUGAGCUACAACCCCUCCUACUGCUGGAUCCUUGCUCUGGCACUGGGUCCCUUCUUCACACAAAGAGUCAGGGACCUGCAGCGAGUUCCCAAGACCAUCACCCAACUGUACUCCUACUAUAUUUACAACAUCCUGAAAAACCACGGCCGUGAGAUUGAGAACCCCCGUGAUGUGUUACUCAGGGUUGGUCAGAUGGCCUUCAUGGGAGUGUCUGAGAAGAAUAUUGUGUUUACAGAUGGAGAUUUGAUCAAGUACGAUCUGCAGCCUUCCCAGUUCCUGUCCGGGUUCCUGAUGGAGCUUUUGGAGAGAGAGGAUUCUGCCCGGAGCGUGGUGUACACAUUCCCACACCUCACCGUCCAAGAGUUUGCAGCUGCAGUCGCACAAUUCCUCAAUCCACAUCCCGGGGCUAUCCUGAAAUUCCUCACUGAAGCCCACAACACAACAGAUGGGCGAUUUGAGGUAUUUCUCCGUUUUGUUGCUGGUCUCUCCAACCCAAUGACAGCCCGGGGCCUGGAGGAGUUUCUGGGUCCAUUUCCCAAUGAAACAACCUGCCGGGUGAUUGACUGGGUGAAGGAGGAGGUUAAACGUCAGAGUGGAAACACAGGGAGUGAAGCUGGUAAAAGGAGCCUCCUGAACACAUUGCACUACCUGUUUGAGUCUCAGAAUCGUGGACUGGCUCAGGCCGCACUGGGGUCUGUAGAAAAACUGUCAUUCAGUGGAAUGACACUGACCCCGAUUGACUGCGCGGUCCUGUCUCAUGUCAUCGGACUCUGUGAUACAAUGAAACACCUCAACCUGUGGAACUGCCACAUUCAGUUUGAAGGAAUCCAGCGACUGGGACCCGGGCUGCACAAGUGCCAAACGUUGAGACUCGGGGCGAAUCAGCUGGGAGAUUCAGGAGUGAAACUAGUGUCUGCAUCUCUGAAGAAUGCGGAAUGUAAAAUACAGAAACUGGAGCUGAGGGGUGUCCAUCUCACAGAUUCUGGUGCCGAGGAUCUUGCCUCCGCUCUCAGUACAAACGCAUCACUGACAGAGCUGGACCUCGGUGGUAAUAACCUGGGAGAUUCAGGUGUGAAACUGGUGUCUGCGGCUCUGAGGAGCCCGGAGUGUAAAAUACAGAAACUGGAGCUGUACAGUGUCGGUCUCACAGAUUCUGGAACCGAAGAUCUCGCCUCUGCUCUCGGUACAAAUCCAUCACUGAUGUGGCUGAGCCUGUAUUGCAACUCUCUGACAGACCGAUCUGUCCCCGCUGUCCGCCGCCUCAUACUGACCCUCCCGAGUCUGGAGCGGAUCCUGUGAGUGUUUGUGUUAAUGUUCAAUGUGAUAAAAUAUCAGCGGAUCCGCAGGUUUUCUGGUGAUAUUUGUCUGUGAGUGUUGUUGAAACAUUAAACCCGGUCCCCUGUUACUAACACUGUUGUGUAAUCUGUUUAUUUCAUCUUUAUUCUCCCAUCUGUUUCAGACUGUGGAGGAAUCGGUUCAGUGAGACUGGGAGGAAGGAAAUGAGAUCUCUGCAGGGAGUCAGACCCGGACUGAGAGUGGAUCUGUGAACAUCUGAAUGUGUGAACAUCCCCGCCCGCGGGAUGCGGACAUCUUGGCGAUUUCGCGCCGUUCCCUUUAACUUUCGCCCUUCCUUUUAAUUCCCAACAGUCCUAACGGAACUGGCUCCAGUCCCGCGCUCUGUGACAUCGGAAGCGGUCCCGCAAUAACGUAUAUCCGUCUAUUGUCCAGCGGAGCAUCUUGUGCCGGAUGUGCGGGUUCAAUACACCCCACGUGAGACCCACGGGGAAUUAUACAGAUAGGAAGAGUCCGGAGGCCGGGGUUCAGUAUGGGACAUCAGUGUCCCGGGGUGGGAUUAUCCCCGGAGAGAAUCCUUUUGCUCACUUCGUUGAGGACGGUGCAUUCGACAGUCGUGCCGAGAAAUGAUGUUAAAUUGACAAAUACCACAAGAGUGACCCUGGAUCUGCAGCGAUCUGGGACACGGCCCUGAAGUGCGAUUUUAUAAUCUUCGGUUCCCCGAUGCAGAGUGACGGUGAGAGACCGGAUGUUUAUUCAAACUGUCACUUGUUGUCGCCGGUCAGUUAAUUGUGUGUGACUGUGAGUGAGUCGGGAGCAGUUUAUUUAUUCCCGCACGUCAGCAGCUCACACAUUGUUUCAUUUACAUUUGUCAUGAUGAAAUCAAUAAACCUGUA